CCAGGCUUGGGUAUACUUUAUUUUUUUUUAUAUCUAUGUCUACAUCUAAUCUAUAUCUAUAUCUAUAUCUAUCUCUACAUCUAUCUCUACAUCUAUCUCUACAUCUACCUCUACAUCUACCUCUAUAUCUAUUUCUAUGUACAAAGCACCGGGCUUGCUGUUAUUUACAGGGUAAAUUAUGUACAUGUAGCACCAGGCUUGAAAGUAUUUACAGGCUUGAUGGUAUUUACAGGGUAUUAUAUGUAUAUGUAGCACCAGGCUUGAAGGUAUUUACAGGGUAUAAUAUGUAUAUGUGGCACCAGGCUUGAAGGUAUUUACACGGUUACAGAUAUUUACAGUCUUGAAGUUAUGUACAUAGUCUUGGUGGUAUUUACAGGAUUACAUGUAUUUAUAGUCUUGUAGUUAUUUACAGUCUUGAGGUAUUUACAGUCUUGUAGUUAUUU